AAACGAACGGAAGAUGAACCACAUAAACACAUAUCCGUUUCUGACUAUAGUUCAUCGUGAAUAGUGAGUAUGAUAUGUAUAAAUGUGCUCACAUGAAACAAUAAGUUGUUUAGUUGGAUUGUAGUAAUCGAAGUUCAGUACGGAAAAGUACCUAAUAAGCUAUCAAUAUGGUUCAGUUCAAAGAUGUUGUUAUUCUUGCAUUGGUAUUGUUUGUUCUUUUCGAGUGUUCUACGUCAUUAGAAGAAAAACCAAGGAAAACUAAGAAGUGGAAUAGAAAUAAAAUUAAUAAUUUACCAAAAAAUAUUAUGGAAGAUGUUUUGAUUAAGACUCUGGAAGGUGAAAAGAAAGCAGAAGGAUCAUCUCAGGCGAACAUACUUCAACCUCUGGAAAUUAUUGAUCAACAAAGUCCUUGUCAAAAAAAACACUGCGGUGCUGGACGAAUAUGCAAGUUGACCGAAGAUGGUGAAGCGCAAUGUGUUUGUAUUACAGAUUGUCCUAUUGAAACAGAGGAAAGAAGAAAGGUUUGUUCAAACCAUAAUCAAACAUGGGGUUCUGAUUGUGAAAUUUACAGAAUGCGUUGCAACUGUGAAGAAAAAUCAGAAAAAUGUAGUAAUCCAGAAUUUAGUCACCUACAUGUAGAAUAUUAUGGCGCUUGUAAACAACAAUCAGUAUGUUCUGACACAGAAAUGGCUGAUUUCCCAAGGAGAAUGAGAGAAUGGCUUUUUCACAUAAUGCAAGAUUUAGCAGAUAGAGAAGAAUUAAGUCCUCAUUUUAAAAAUAAGAUGAAUGAAGCAGAAACUAAUAUGACAAAACUUUGGAGUAAUGCAGCUGUUUGGAAGUGGUGCGAUUUGGAUGGUUAUCCACAUGAUAGAGCUGUAUCAAGACAUGAAUUGUUCCCAAUUAGAGCACCACUAAUGUAUUUAGAACAUUGUAUUGCUCCAUUUUUAAAUAAAUGUGAUGCAAAUUCAGAUCAUAUGGUCACACUUGAAGAAUGGGGAAAUUGUUUGGAAAUCCCUAAAGAAACACUGGAAGACGAGUGUGACGAUUUACGCCAAGAAUUAAAUUAAUAAAAACAUUUAUUUAAAUAUA